AUGUCUGAGCGACAGCAUCAGGCACUGUUUUUUGCCGCUGGAGCCCUGCUCAAUGUCCGGUCUACGGCUGUAUUUCAGCCGAGAAAAGCCGCCAAUACUCGCGUAAGUCAGACUCAUUUCGCUGGGCAGAGCAUUGAAUUGACUCGAUGGCUCAUAAGGCAUGGUGCUGAUCCAAACGCACGAUGUGCUUGGGAUAUCACUCCUUUGUCUGCUGCAAUCUGCCGAGGGUCGUUAAGCACUAUCAAGCUGAUGCUCCAAUGCGGCGGCGACACGCGCUUUGGGCAGCUGCUGCAUUUUGCAGUGGAGAGGGGGUCACCUGAUCAGCUAGCUAUCAUCGACAUGCUACUAGCAUUCGGUCUUUCAGUGAAUGCUCGCAUGUUCGAGAACUGUAGAACCUCAUGGACAUACAACAAGCCAUACGGAAUGGGAACCGCUCUGCAUAAAGCAGCAGAGCUUGGCAAGCUGGAUGUUGUGACUUAUUUGCUUGAGCGCGGCGCAGAUCCCCUUAACCGCCUCCGUUCCACUUUCCAUGCUAAAUCCGCGAAGCUGUCCGAUUGGGGCUCGGAUUCAGCCGUAGUGGAGCUCAAGGUUAAGAAGCCGACACCUUCACGAGUCGUCCUUCAAGUGAAGGUCUACAACAAGGUAUAG